UCUUCGGCUUCUAAUUUAGAUGACCUUUUAAAUGGAUAAAUAACCAAUUCCUUUGCUAUCUAGGGAAAUAAUAUCUACAACAGUGGAAUAAUUAUUUUAGAAGUUUAAAAUGCUGACACAGUGUAACCACCAUAACUCCCAGUUAAUGAGUGGAAUUCUUCACCAUCAGAAUUCUCAGUUAUCUGUGCCACGCAUUGGCCCUGCAACAGGCUUCCACUUCAGAGAUGUCUCAGUGCCGAGUGGGAAGCCAGGCUGGAAUGAUCCUCGGGUGAAAAUGGAAGCUUGGUCGAAGCCCCAUAGGAAGUUUAGAGUGAGCCUGAAUCCCAGGCCAAAGCCGUCCUUGUUGAGCAGGAGGGCUCCUUUUGCUGAACGAACAAUGAGUGCAGGUUUCAGUGGGUACGAUAAAAAAAUUGGACAAAUGGACUUUCUGCCCCAGUACAGUUCUUUCAGUGAUCCUCAUCUUUUUAAUUACUAUGCUCGGAAGUUUGGCUAUGAGCUUGCUCCUAGACCUCCUCUUUCUGCCAGGCGCCCAAAGAGCGCACCUGUACCAAACUAUCGGCAUGGCAUCUCCAGUUCAGGGUCCACCAAGGAGGGCAAAGUGCUUUACAAAGUAACAGUGAAGACUGCGGACAUGAAACAUGCCGGCACAGAUGCCCGGGUAUAUAUACGUAUGAAAGGCUCCAAAGGUAAAUUCAAUAAGAAGAGACUUUUUAAACACUCUGGCUCCAACAAAUCUAGUCACACCAGCUCUUUCCAGUUCGCUGCGGGAUCCUGCCACACGUUCAAUUUGUUUGGGCCAGACAUUGGAGAUAUCAAGAGCAUUUUUCUGGAGCACGAUGGCCUGCAGAAGGAUCAGGCUUGGUUUGUGGAGGAGGUGUCUGUCACCAACACGGUGAGAGACAAGAGCUGGAGUUUCCCCUGCCAGAGCUGGCUGUCCCUGUUUCACAUGGACUGCCAGCUGGGCCGAAUCUUUACUCCAGCGGGCAGCAGAGACCUGGAUCUGCCACCGCACCCCCAUCCCAAGCGCACAGUUUAUGAAGUCGUCACAGUCACUGGAGAUGUCAGAGGAGCAGGAACUGAUGCCAAUGUAUUUGUCACUCUCUUUGGAGAGUAUGGUAUUACUCCUAAAGUCCACCUUGCCAGCAAGAGCAGGACAGCUUUUGAGAAGAACAAAACUGAUGUUUUCAGAAUCAAAACCAAUAAUGUUGGGCCUAUAAAAAAAUUAAGGAUUGAGCAUGACAACACCGGAAUGAACGCUAGCUGGUUCCUGGACAGGGUGGUGGUCACCGAUAUGAACAGACCCCACCUGCGCUUUUACUUUGCCUGCAACAACUGGCUCAGCAGAGAGGAGGGAGAUGGGCUUUUUGUACGAGAUCUGUUGGGCAGCCUGAACCCUAUGGAUGUACCAAAACUUAACAAAUAUAUUGUCAGCGUAUUCACUGCAGAUGUGAAGGGCAGUGGAACUGAUGCAGAUGUCUUCAUUAAUAUUUUUGGGGAGAAUGGAGAUACAGGUGAAAGAAGGCUUGACAAUGACAAAGACAACUUUGAAAGGGGAAGUGAGGACAAAUUCACCAUUGAAGCCCCUAAUCUGGGUCGUCUGAGGAAGAUUACCAUUGGCCACAACAACAAAGGCUCCUCUGCUGGCUGGUGUCUUGAUAAGGUGAUAGUGGAUGACCUGGGAAAUAAGGCAGUGUAUGAGUUCCCAGUGAACCGCUGGUUUGCAAUAGAUGAGGAUGAUGGGAAAAUUCAAAGAGACAUUUUAGUGGGAGGCACACAACCCACAGGUAUUGUCUACAAUGUCUCUGUGGUGACUGGGAAUGUCAGAGGUGCUGGCACAAACUCCAAGGUUCAUAUUAUCCUACAUGGCUCCAAGGGACUGAAGAACAGUGGCAAGAUAUUCCUGGAGGGGGGCCAGUUUGAACGGGGGCUCACAGACAUUUUCAACGUUGAGAUCGCUGCUCUCCUCAGUCCGCUCAGCAGGGUCACCAUUGGCCAUGACAACUGUGGGGUCAGCGCAGGGUGGUACUGCGAAAAGGUGGUGGUAUACUGCCCCUUUACUGGUGUCGAGCAGACAUUUCCUUGCAGCAAAUGGCUGGAUGAAGAAGAGGGAGAUGGGCUGAUUGAGAGGGAGCUUUAUGAAAUGGUGUCACUUCGUCAAAAGAGGCAGAAAAAACACCCCUGGUCCCUGUGGAUCUGGACCAGUGAUCUGAAAGGUGCAGGAACAGAUGCCAACGUCUUCCUGCAGAUUUAUGGAGAAAAGGGGAAGUCCGAUGAAAUGAGACUAGAUAAUAAUUCAGACAACUUUGAAGCUGGACAAGUCGAUAAAUUUAUGAUUGAGCUACCUGAUUUAGGAACUUUGUUUAAAAUUAGAAUUUGGCACGAGAAACGACACCCAUUUGCUGGUUGGCAUCUGAGCAAGGUCACAUUAAUGAAGACGUUGACAAAGGAGAAGUACACAUUUAACUGUGGCCGCUGGCUGGACGUCAAUGAAGACGACAAUGAGAUAAUCAGAGAGCUGCCUGCUCAGGGUGAAAUCGUCAAAGAUCCUCUUUCAAUUGUUAAGUACAGAAUCACAAUCUGCACGGGGAAUGUCAGCGGGAGUGGCACUGACGCCAGUGUCUUCCUAUGCCUAUUGGGGGAACUUGGAGACACUGGAGAACGGGUGUUGUACACCAGCAAGAACAACGUCAAUAAGUUUGAGAAGGGAAAUGCAGAUGAGUUUCUGAUAGAGGCAGUGUCCUUGAAGCGUGUGAGGAGGGUGAGGAUUGGUCAUGAUGGCAGAGGAGGAGGCUGUGGCUGGUUCCUGGACAAAGUGGUGGUGAGGGAGGAGGGGAAACCAGAGACAGAAGCCACUGAAUUUCCCUGCUACAGGUGGCUUGACAGGAAUGAAGAUGAUGGUCAGAUAGUGCGUGAGUUAGUACCAUCUGGAGAUGCAAAGAUGCUUCACAACAUCAGUUACCACAUUGCUGUGAAGACAGGCAAUAUCAGUGGUGCCAGCUCAGACUCAAAGGUCUACGUCAAGCUGUAUGGUGAGAAGGGAGAUACAAGCAAAAUGGUCCUGGAGGUUUCCGACAACAACCUACAAAAUUAUUUCGAAACUGGACGAGUCGAUGUUUUCACUAUUGAGACCUUUGAUAUUGGAAGAAUCAACCGACUCCUCAUUGGACACAACAAUGAAGGUCUGCGAGCUGGCUGGUUCCUGGACAGUGUUCAGAUCAAGGUGCCAGCCCAUGGCAAGCAGUACAUGUUCCCCAGUCACCGCUGGCUCUGCAAGGAUGAGGCAGAUGGGAAAGUGGAGAUAGAGAUCUACCCCAGCGAGAUUAUGGACAUUGAAAAAUUGAUUAAUUAUGAAAUAAAGGUGCUCACUGGUGACAAAUUUGCUGCUGGCACUAAUGCCAACGUCUUCAUCCAGAUGUAUGGGGACAGUGGAAAGACGGAGCUCAUCUACCUCAAAAGCAGAUCUAAUAACUUUGAAAGGGGUACAACCGAGAUAUUUAAGAUUGAGGCUUUUGAGGUAGGAAAGAUCUUCAAAAUCCGUAUUGGCCACGAUGGCACUGGCAUUGGAGAUGGUUGGUACCUGGAAUCUGUUGUCAUCAAGAGGCUCACCAUGUCUACAGUGCCGAAGGAGGACAAAAAGGACAAAAAGAAGAAGAAAAAGAAGAAGGGGGAGGAAGAGGAAGAAGAGGAGGCCAUCCCAGAGGAAGUGGUGGAGACCUAUACCUUUACCUGCCAGCGCUGGCUGGCCAGGAGUGAGGAAGAUGGGCAACUUGUGGUGGAGCUGUUACCAGACGAUGAUGGAAACCUGGAAGAGAACACCUAUGAAGUGCAUGUCUUCACUGGGAACAUGUGGGGCGCUGGGACAGAUUCCAAUGUUUACAUAAAUAUUUAUGGAGAAAUGGGAGACACAGGAGAACGUCACCUGAAAAAGUCGAAUAACCUCAAUAAGUUUGAGAAAGGACAGGAGGAUAUAUUUUCAAUCAGUGCGAUUGAUAUGGGUCCACUGAAGAAGCUGCGAAUUCGCCACGACAAUUCGCAGGCUCAUUCCGCCUGGUUUUUGGACCGAGUUGAAAUCACAGACUGCAAAGAUGACACAACAUACUACUUUCCGUGUCAGCGUUGGCUGGCAAUUGACGAAGAUGACGGUCAAAUAGCUCGUGAGCUGGUGCCAGUGGAUGAAGCGUUUAUGAAGAAGAAUUCAGACAGCGAUGAGCAGUCUCAGGCCACACUGGGACUGGAACAGAAAGCUCAGUCUACUACUUACACCAUAAGAGUUAAAACUGGGGAGAAGAAACAUGCUGGAACAGAUGCCAAUGUCUUUGCUAUACUGUAUGGAGAAAAGGAUGACACAGGAAUAAUAAACCUCAAAGCCUCUAAGACUCACAAGAAUAAGUUUGAAAAAGGACAGAUUGAUGAGUUUACUGUGGAGGCGGUAGAUAUUGGAAUGUUGAAAAAACUGAGAAUUGGUCAUGACAAUUCAGGGGGCUCCGCAGGUUGGUUCCUGGACUGGGUGGAAAUUGACGCUCCUUCCCUUGGUCAGAGGCUGCGGUUCCCUUGUGGCCGCUGGCUGGACAAAUCAGAGGAUGAUGGGGCGAUUGAAAGAGACCUCUAUCCAGCUGACCUUCAGACAGAGGAAUACGUCCCCUUUGUGCCUUAUGAGAUUACAACAUUUACAAGUGACAUCUUUGGAGCUGGUACUGAUGCCGAUGUCUUCAUUGUUCUCUAUGGGAGAGAUGGUGUCUGUACUCAGCAAAAAUCUCUUUGCGUCAAUAAGAGAGAAAGGCGAAUGUACUUUGAGAGAGAUUCUGCUGACAAAUUUAUUGUUGAGCUUGAAGAUAUUGGCGAUGUUAUUGAGAAGAUCCGAAUUGGACAUAAUGACAAGGGAAUAAACUCUGGGUGGCACUUGGACAGAGUGGAAAUCAGGAGGCUUCUGCGAAAAGGAAAGGGCUCAGAAACAGUCAUCUUCCCCUGUGAGCGCUGGCUGGCAAAGUCCGAGGAUGACGGGGAGACCGUGCGGGAGCUGGUGCCUUCGGAUAUCAUCCAGGAGAAGCUCCAGAGGGAUGGAACGCUAAAAACCAUGGAGACUACGGUAGAAGACGCCCUGGAAACUCACACAUACAAGGUGACUGUGAUCACGGGCGAUGUGUAUGGGGCUGGAACAGAUGCCAAUGUUUUCCUCACCAUCUACGGAGACUUGGGAGACACUGGAGAGCGGAAGCUCAGCAAGUCUGAGUCAAACUCAAACAAGUUCGAAAGAGGUCAGGUUGAUAAGUUCACGAUUGAAGCAGUGGACCUGGGCCAGGUCUAUAAAAUAAAAAUCCGCCAUGACAACACCAUGAUGAAUGCUGAUUGGUACCUGGAGCAGGUGGAGAUUGUGGAUGUAGACACGGAAGAAACAUAUUUAUUUCUCUGUGAAAGGUGGCUCUCCAAGAAAAAGGAAGACAAACGCAUAGAAAGAACUUUCUAUGUGAAGGGCUAUGAUGGGGAAAGAACAAGUCUUCACAGCUCAAAGAAGAGUCUGAAAGGUUCCUCAGUCAGUAUGAAGAGUCUGGAUAGCAACAUGAACAAGAAAAACAAGGGGAAGAACUCCCUAGAUGAGGCCCUUGAGGAGGGGCCAACUAUCCCUUACCACAUAACCAUCUCGACUGGAACAGAGCGGGAUGCCAGCACCACCAGCCGGGCCUAUAUUAUCAUCAUGGGCCCCCAGCAGGCUAAAACCGCACGCAUUUGGCUCGAUCUCUCUGAUGGCAAAAAGUGCUUCGCUGCAGGGACCAUGGAGAAAUUCGAGGUGCAAGGAACUGAUGUGGGGGAAAUCACAAAGGUUGAGCUGGGUCAUGACGGGGCCACUCCAGAAAGCUGCUGGCUGGUGGAUGAGCUAUCCAUUGCUGUGCCGACAAAAGGCAUCAUGUACAUUUUCCCGUGCAAAUGCUGGCUUGCGAAAGAUAGAGGAGACGGUCUUACAGCCCGCAUCUUCAGCGUUCUCGACGCAGAAAGCAUCAACAUUUCCCACAAGGUUUUAUAUGAAGUAACAGUUGUCACUGGAGACACUCAGAAUGCAGGGACUGAUGCCAACAUUUUUAUGGCAGUUUUUGGGGCCAGUGGAAGCACAGAAGAGAUGCUCUUACAGAAGAAUGAAGACAGGUUUGAGAGAGGUCAAGAAGAUGUCUUCAAUGUGGAAAUAGAUGACAUUGCACCCAUAAAAAAAAUCAGGGUUCGCACUGAUGGCAGUGGAAGUCGUCCAGACUGGUUCUUGGAUAAGAUCAUUUUACGGAAUAUGAGCACAGAAGAAGUGUCAGUUUUCACCUACAAUGAGUGGCUCUCCAAGACAAAGGGACCUAAGAGGACGACUGUAUGUGAGCUAGCAGCUGUGGUGGAUGAAGAGCAAUUAGUGGAGAAAACAACCUACACCAUACAAGUGAAAACCAGUGAUGUAUCAGGGGCUGGUACUGACGCUAAUGUCUUCCUCAUCAUAUUUGGAGAGAAUGGGGACACAGGAACCAUCGCUCUGAAAGAGAGCAAUAAGCGCAACAAGUUUGAGCGCAAGCAAACGGACGUGUUCAAGUUUCCUGACAUGCUGAGUCUGGGAGAGUUAUCCAAAAUCAGAGUAUGGCAUGAUAAUAAAGGUGCUGGUGCAGGCUGGCAUUUGGAGUUCAUAGAUGUACAAGAUGAAGUCAUGAAUAAAACAUUCCGCUUCCCCUGUGAUCGCUGGCUGGCAAAGGAUGAGGAUGAUGGCCAGGUUAUUCGAGAUCUUGCCUGUGCAAAUAACGACACUUUAGACCUCAACGAACGAACUCGAUAUGAAAUUGUUACAACAACCUGUGACACAGAUGACGCCGAAACGAAAGAGAAUGUGUGGAUUGUGCUUGAAGGAAAGAAGGGACGUUCUAAAGAAUUCCUCCUGGAGAACUCUUCAAAGAAAAAGAAAUUUCAACGGGGAGCAACUGACAGAUUUGAUUUUCCUUCUAAAACUAUCGGUGACGUUGCAACCAUCUGUGUUGGGCACUGUCCAAAAGAUGGCCGAAAAGUUUCAUCCAAAAACGAAGUUUUCUGGCACGUGCAGGAGAUUGUUGUCACAGAAAAGGAGCUUCAAAACAAGUAUGUGUUCCGGUGCAAUGCACAAAUCCCACUCUCAUCCAAAAGGGAUGAUUUCAAAACCUUUGAGUGUUCGAAAGUAAUGGAAAGCUUUGCCAGCAAAGCCCGGAGCCUGGUACCUGUUAAAUAUGAGAUAAUUGUGAUCACAGCAGAUGAGAAGGAUGCAGGGACUGAUGCCAAUGUCUUCAUCACCAUUUAUGGUUCAAACGGGGACUCAGGCAAACGAGCACUCAAGCAAAAGUUCAGGAACCUGUUUGAGCGUGGACGCACUGACCGCUUUCUACUGGAGAUGCUUGACUUGGGCGAGCUACUGAAAGUGAAAAUGGAGCAUGACAAUACUGGUUUGAAUCCCGGCUGGUUGCUGGAUCGUGUGGAGAUUACAAACACUGCCAAUGGUGUCACCACCAUCUUCCUAUGUGGAAAGUGGCUGGACACCAAAAGGGCGGACAGGCAGACUUAUAAAGUGAUUUAUCCCAAAUACUGAAGAGGUUAUUUUCAUAUUUUUCUUCUGUUUCUAUGAUAAUGCUAAGCACACCCUUUUAGUCAGGAAUACUCAAAAUAUAUCUUUCUCUUUUCUCACCUCCUCUUUUGCCAAUGCAAGGCAGAUUGUCAGGAGCACUUCAAAAAAGACGGUGUAAUUUCUUUUGGGGAGCACUUAUUUUAAUAUGAUGUUGAACAAGAGAAUGAAAAAGGCAAUCACAAAAAGUGGAACUUUCACAUCUUUGCCAUAAAUGUCUGCCUCAUUCUCAGGGUCACAUUGCUGGAUAUACUGUACAAUACACAGUAUGUGUUUGUGUCUGGUCUGAUUUGUGCUUGAUGUCAAAAACUACAUGAAAACCUUAGCAUUUUGUGAAAUUAAUCAUGAAAGCCUUUCCAAGGCAAUUGUAACCCAUCUUUUAUAAGUACAAUCUAAGCCUGCAUUUCUACCAGUAAUUCUUCUGUAACUGUACAUUAUUAUAACAUCAUGUUAAGAGAAACUACCGAAAACCAUCAUCUUUUGUUAUAUAGUGUUGACUGAAAAUUAAUUAUUUUUCAUUUAUUAUUAAUUAUUUAAAAUCAG